ACCUUCCCCGUUCAAUAGAAAACUACGCAACUUCCCACCCCACCGAGCCACUGCCCCUCCGAGCGCCGCCGACAGCCACUGAACCCCAGCAACAGUUCUUCCACCGCUGCUCCACCACCGGUUUCAAUCCCAGCUUGGAGUUCUUCGGCGCCUCUCUCUCUUUCCUGGUGCUCUCAUUCUCUAAAUCCCUCUUGCGAAGAAGAGGAGGAAGAAAGAAGGCAACCAUGUUGACCCAGUCCGGCAUCAAGUUGGCCGUACACCUCAUGACCAACCAGUUCGGCAACGUCGUCGCUAAAGUGUUUGAGAAUAUUCUUCGAAGAGGGCCCCUAACCUUCCAACUGAUAGUUCGGUUCACGGAGCUCACCCCACAACAGGUCAAGAGAUCCCUCCUCGUCUUGAUCCAACACAACUGCGUUCAAGCUUUCUCUCUCGAGCAACAAGAUGGUUUAGAAGAUGGGCCAAAAGCUAAUACCCAGUACAUGGCGCUGUUUAGUAACGUACUCCAUCGCCUGAGGUUUUCCAAAUUCUUGAAGAUUGUUUCUGGUGAAUUUGAUGCAGAAUGUAAAGAACUUUUUGAGGGUUUGCUUCAGCAUGGUAGGCUUACACUGAAGCAAAUGGUAGAAAGAGAGAAAUCAAGUAAAAGAGAAGGAAUUUGUGAAGAUAUUGUACAAGAAAACCUUCUUAAACUUUUGGCUGCCCGUUAUGUUGAACGUUGCCCAACCCAUGAACCAGUUCUUGCCGCACCAGUUAAAGAUGAAACUACUGCCAAGAAGCGAGGUGCUAAGUCUGCUAAGAGAAAUGAAGAAUCAGAGACAAUAGAACAACGUGUUCUAGAAGCAGCAGCUCCUAUGGAAGCACAAAGAUUUUCAAUUAUAAUGUAUACUGGAUCUAACGUCAGCAGAGAAACAAGUACAAAUGCGUCCUCUAGCAUGAGUGUUGGAGGAAAGCGCAAGCCUGACCCUUUGGAGUUAGAUAGAGAAUCUGCAGCUGAAGAGGAGGAAGUACUUUUGCGUGCCAAUUUUGAGGAAUUUAUGCGUCGUCUGAGGCAUAAGGCUUGCAUUGAGAACGUGAGAACACGCCUGGAUGAUGGAGCUUCAAUUGUCUUAAGAGCAAUGCUGGAGGCAACAAGAAGUUUAGAGAAAAAAGUUCCCUUGUCACUGAAUACCAUUUUUGAAGAGGUAAUGAAGAGUGAAGAAGGGCGUGGUAUGACCUUAGACCGUGUCAGAGCUUCCCUUGUCCAGUUGGGUUGUUCAUCCUCUGCAAGAGGGACAGAUGAAUCAUAUAGUAUUGAUUUGAAGAAAAUUGUCGAAUUAGCAAAGAAUGAUGAGGUGGAGUCAAUUGUGUUGAAAAGAUAUGGAAGGGACGCUUAUAAAAUGUUCAGAUUACUGUCAAAAACUGGUUGCCUAGUUGAGACCAAUAAGAUUUCAGAUACCACAUUUGUUGAAAAGAAGGAUGCACCCAUGAUUCUUUAUAAGAUGUGGAAUGAUGAGUACUUGCAAAUGGAGAAAUUAACUGUCACGGGAGCUAGACAAUCAAAAUUAUUGUUGUGGAAAGUAAAUAAGCCCUGUCUACAGGAACAUGUACUAGAUGAGUUAUUCCAUGCUGCUUUAAACUUGAGUCAACGAGUGGCUUAUGAGCGGGAAAAGGGAAAAGAGCUUAUAAACCUCCCAGCAGACAAACAAGUUAUGUCCCUUGAGGAAAGACGUAAUCGACAAAGAAGUGUCACGUUUGUCCUGGAAUCAUCGCUGCGGGAGCUUGACGAAGCUCUCAUGCUUUUCCAUGAUUUUGAAGAACCAUCACUGCUGAAGCUUGAUGAUUUAUGAAUGUAAGCCAUUUCUUAAAGUAAAAGAGGAAUGCUGUAUGGAUAUAGGUUGGUUGUCCCCCAUCAUAUUAUCAUUUUUAUCACGUAAUUCAUUCUCUUAUUUCCUUCAUUUGGACACAAAGCAAGAAGUUAUAGAACUUUCUUGUAAAGUAUCUAUAGAAUUGAUGAAGAGAUAAACUGUUUAGCUUUAGAAAGUGUAGGUGUUGAUCAAGGCUCCCCUCCCAUGCCAGAUUGUACAUGGAUUGCCAUUUUCAUCUCUUUUUCAAUGGCUAGGAUGCCUUUUUUAUUCAAUUUUC